GUCGUUGGAAUGUCUAAUUGAAAUUGCUCAUGAUGUUUUCUGUCAUUUUUUUUGAAAGUGUCUAAUGUUUCUAAGAAAAAAAAUCCUGAAAUAUUUCAGUUAUGGAACCACAAACUAAACUUCAAUACUCAGUUACUUUUGACGAACGUGAUUACGCAUUUAGCACAGAUUCGACGGAAGCUAUAGCUAGCGACGACGAAAAAUCUCCAACAUUUCAAAAAACCAAUUUAAGUUCAAGUGUUAUGGGGGGCGAAGGAGGAGAUGCAAAUAGUGAUUCCUCAAUUAGUACUAGUAUAUUAGAUGAUGCCGACGAGAUUAAAGCUCUCAAACGUAAAAUUAACGAAUUAGAAUCGCGAAACAAGUUACUAGAAUAUGAAAUUGAAAAAGUUAAUUUGUGCUUAAUACACGAAAGAAAUAAAAAUUCAAAACUAGAUAAGAAAUUACAAUUUGUCAAAGAUAAUCAAGACGUAUUUAUAAAAUUAAAAGAGGCUUAUAUUAAUAUGAAGUACAACGAAGCAGCUGGACGAAAAAUGAUAGAAAUUAGGGAAAAAGGUCAACAAACUUGGGAUGGUAUUUUAUGUAGAGCAUGUAUUGAUUCUGAACAGACGAGGAGGCAACUAGCAGCUUUGCAAGAAACAUAUAAAGGAGCGUACAUUGUUAGACCAUUUCAGCUGGAACAACUUUUAAACACCGUUAAAUGUCUGAAGGACACAAUCGAUAAAAGAGAACAGACAUGGUCGUUUAAUGCUGAAAGGGAUGAUAGACUUCGGAUACAAAUAGAAACCCUCGAAAGUGAGAAUUCUACGUUACGAGAGAUCUUGAAAACAAGACAAAUUAACCCGUCCGAGGACACGUUUGCUUAUGAUACAUCUAAUUCAGAACUAUCGAUGUUGAAAAAAAUUAUUGUUAAAUACGAGAAGAAAAUUAGAGAGUUUGAGAACAAUAAUACCGGUGCGUUAAAAAUAUCAAAUUCAUUUAACGAUAAGGAAAAAAGGCAAAUAACCCACCUAAUGUCAAAAUAUUUAACAAGAAAACGUGGAAAAAGUUUAGAGAGUAAAAGUUAUAAAGAAAAUGAAAAUAAAUCUCAAAUUAAUAAAUAAUAUUGAUUCGUUGGUUAUGCUGUAAAUGUAACAUAAUAAAUGUUUUUUUUUUGUUAACAAGUAA